AAUGCAUAUAGUAGGCGUUGUGAGGACCGAAUCAGUGAGCAGUAGGGGGCAUACUAAAGAAAUAUAUUUCAAAAUACCUAAUUUUGAAGAGCCCCUAUUAUGAUAUUUGAAAAUGAGCUCCCAUCCAGCUGAGGUUUAAAUCUAAAAGUGCACCUUGCUUAAAACUAUUGAUUCUUUAGCAAAAUAGUUGACUCAGAUUCAAACAAACGAAUUGAGUUGGGUUCGGAUCUUUUGUUUGAUCACAUCGACUUCGAUGCAGUACAUCACCAAAUAUGUAGUUCCAGUUCCUAUAAAAUGUGAAAGCGCUUUCACUUCAGACACUAGGAGAGGCGCAGGGGAUCACGAGACUGAUCAUGACGUGAAGAUGACGAUCACUGACAGAUGGAGAUUCGACUGCGGGGAAUAAAGGGUUAAAGUUCAUUUUCACAAAAAUACCACAGAAUAGCCGACCUAGUGCUGUGUUUGUUCCUGUCACUUUUCUGAUUUUUGAUACAAUAACCUACGCUGCAAUGCGGGAUUCGCCGGCCGUUUGCUAUUGAAGGAGCAGCAGAGACUAUGGGAUUUGACAGGGACUUUGUCAGUAACUUUUACAGUUCAAAUGGACCAGUUUCUACUUCCUCCAGAUCAUAACAUGUAAGUGUCAUUAAAAUUGUUGUCUCGUUUUGUGUAGUUUGUAAAAUAUGUGUUUAAUUGUGUGCUGUAACUUGUAAUCGCUCCGCGUGGCUUGUAAUCACGUAUCUAUUAUAGGUCAGUGCUCGUACUGUAUUUCUCAGGAUAAAUCAGUAUGUGGCUAUUCACAUAUCGCGUCCAAAACCAUGUUAAAAACGUGACGAGUGCUUCUUCCUUUACCAAUUUUAAAUGCGUUUCUGAACUGGCGAUCCUCUGCUGUUUGUCUUUGCUAUGGGCACUAUCAGCUGUUCCUGACGCACGCAUUGCGGACAGUUUUUAAAAUAGUUCAACUUUUGCCACAGUGUGGAUUAAUACUGAAUGUGUGUCUCACAUACUUUCUGAUGCUUCAUACUGUAGCCGUGGUGGGCAUUUCUCUCAGUCUCAUCUCUGAAGGCAGUCGACUAAUCGCAAUAGACUGGGUCAUCGGUCUAAUCAGCGCAGAUUAGCUUCGGGCUAAGGAGGGGUUUGGGAACAAAUGAAUCGCUGAAUGAUUCAUAUUGGAGUCGCUGGGAUAAUUAGGUGAAAAUAAAUGCAUAUUAUAAGACAAAAAAAGUGUUUUUUGACUUUGCGCGCAUAUUAGCAUGUUGUUGGAGACCCCCAAAACCAAAAUAUGACCUUUUUAAUGCAAAAUAGGGGCUCUUUAAUAUAGCCAUAAAGGUUACACAAAAAUAAAAAUUUAACAAUUAGGUCAACUGAAAAAAAAGUUCAAAUCAAACAAAACAAAAAAUAGAACAUGACAGACACAUUUAUACAGGGGGACUAGUCCACAUUUAACACCAGAGGGGAAACAGAAAAUACACUUUAUAAACAACAAUAAACUUAAAAAUAUAUCUAACUCAAGACUUCUCUAAUAAUCAAAUAAAUCUUAGAUCAAGCUAAACUAAAUACAAAUCAAAGAAAUAAACCAUGUCUGAAAUGAACAGGAUUAAAUUAAACAAUCAGCUUCUCUCCAAACCAUGUUAGAUGGUACCAGCAGAUGGAACUAAAAGAGCGAUCUCCGUGGCACGUCUGUCUUUUAGAAAGUCAGACAACACCUGGAACCUACACUCAGCGUUGCCAGACGUACGUUAAUUAUCGUAUUUGUAUGAUAAUUUUGACCUCUGUUUGAUGUACGAUCAAUAAUGAAAAAAAUCCUGUAAUGUACGAUAAUUUCAGAAUUUUAUGGCAUUUAAAAUUAAUUUCAUUGUAAUCUUAAGGCUUUUGAUCUAGCUGCAUCUUUUGUCGACUGUGUGAGGAGAACGUGGAGUUAGACACGUUUUCUAUCUCAUCUUACUUUACAUCUUCUCAGCCAAUCAACAUGGAGAAUAGCUCUCUCUCACAAGUUAACAUUCCUGCCGCGCGGCCAUGUUUUCAGGUUGAGGUCGAUAGUUUAAGCAAUAAAGUGAAAAAAAAAUUGUGCUGAAAAGAAAAGUGAGAAGGACAGGGGAGUUUGACCUUGAUGUUCUCAUUUUUCCCAGUUCAUGUGUCAUUGGAAAAAACACGUUCACAAGUUAAUCUCAUCAAAACAAAGCCACAAAAUCGGCUCAUUACAGAUACUCUGAAUGGGCUCGUGCACACCUCAAGAGUGUGUUAAAAUUCAGGAGGGUGCACUGCUUUCAAGCCAACCAGCACUAUGUUCCGGUCCAUGACGGCAUCCACGUUGGAAACACGCAGAUAUCUAACGACAGCAACUAGAGGUGGAGUUUACUUCGAACCUUCCCACUAAGAAACAGCUCUUACCGUUGAACAGCCAUGACGCUCAACACCAGUUUACAUCAUUGUGGUACAUCCAGUCAGAAACUGGUGGCAUCUGUCCUUCCUCCUGUCCUCAUCAUUGAGCUGUUACUCGGUCUGCCUGGCAAUGUCUUAGCACUGUCAGUCUUCAGCAAAAAUUUUAGGUCUUGGAGGGCCAAUGUCACAUUUCUCUUUAACCUGGUUUUGUCUGAUUUCAUGCUUCUUGUGAGCCUGCCAUUCCGUAUUGACAACUUAAUCCGUGGUGAGAAGUGGAUAUUUGGAGAUGCUUGGUGUCGGAUCAACCUCUUCAUGCUGUCAGUCAAUCGUUCAGCCAGCAUUGCCUUCAUGACUGCUGUGGCUUUUGAUCGCUACUGCAAAGUGGUCCACCCACAUCACAAAAUCAAUCAUGUUGGCACAAAAAAAGUAGCUGGUGUUGCCUGCCUCAUCUGGGCUGUUGUGAUAUCUCUGAAGAUCCCUUUGCUGACCAACACCCUUCUGACUGUGGAGAAAAAUGUUUCGCUUUGUAGAAGCUUCAGUAACUAUGAAAAGCCAUCACUACGCAUCCGACUUCAUUAUGCUCUGUUUGUCUUGGAGUUCUUUGUGCCUCUGUUACUUCUGGUCUUUUGCUCUGUGAGAAUUGCAUGUGUUCUAUGUUCUCGCCAAAUUGACAAGGACAGAAGAGGGCAAAGGGCAAUUCGAACUGUCUUAGUGAUUGUUGGUGUUUUCAUUCUCUGUUUUUUUCCAAGCGUUGCAACAGGACUGAUGGCACUCCAUUUAAAAAAACUGGGAAAUGUGUACUGUAAGGCUUACAAUAUUACCAGUCAGUUGUUCUCUAUUUCUAUAGCUUUCACCUACCUAAACAGUGCACUGGACCCGGUUAUCUACUGCUUCUCCAGCUCUGUCUUCCGCAAUUAUUUGAAAAGAGUUAUAAACCGGACUGGGAUGAUGCAGCUACAGAUGAGCAGACGGGGCAGUAUGCCCAGUGGUAGUGACUGAAAAUGACUUAAUGUUUUUUGAAUAAUGACUUUUCAGUUUUAUGUUGUUUGUCCAGUCACACACUUAUAUAUACAGUUGAAGUCAGAUGUUUAUUUUAUUUUUAUAUAUAUAUUUCCCAAAUUAUAUUUACCAGAGCAAGAAAUUUUUCACAGUAUGUCUGAUAAUAUUUUUUCUUCUGGAGAAAGUCUUAUUUGUUUUAUUUCAGCUAGAAUAAAAGCAGUUUUUAAUUUUUUAAAAGCCAUUUAAGGUCAAAAUUAUUAAAAUUAUUAGCCCCUUUAAGCUAUAUUUUUUUCGAUAGUCUACAGAACAAACCAUCGUUAUACAAUAAUAUGCCUAGUUAACCUAGUUAAGCCUUUAAAUGUCACUUUAAGCUGUAUAGAAGUGUCUUGAAAUAUUACUAGUCAAAUAUUAUUUACUGUCAUCAUGGCAAAGAUAAAAUA